AUGCUCUUCUUCAGCUUCUUCAAGACGCUCAUCGACCAGGAGGUCACGGUGGAGCUCAAGAACGACAUCCAGCUUCGCGGCACGCUCAAGAGCGUGGACCAGUAUCUCAACAUCAAGCUCGACGACAUCUCCGUCAUCGAGGAGCUCAAGUACCCUCACAUGAGCUCUGUCAAGAAUGUCUUUAUCCGAGGUUCCGUCGUUCGCUACGUCCAUCUCCCUGCAGCGUCGGUAGACACGCAAUUGCUGGAAGACGCGACUCGCAGAGAGGCUUCCACACAGCAAGGCAAGGCCAAAUAA